UUUUUUUUUUUUGAUACAUACCUUCUCUUCACGCAGGAUGCCCACACAAUCAACAUCAGAACAUCCUGUGCUCAUUAUGGGCGCUGGUCUUUCGGGAUUGACACUAGCACAGACUCUGAAAAGACAAGGUAUUCCUUACAAGGUCUUUGAUCGGGACAUCAGCCGAGAUGGUCGCGCCAAUCAAGGAUGGUCCAUCAUGCUUCGUAUCUGUCUACCUUACUUAUUGGAAGCAUUUGAUGCUGAUUUCCUCAAAACACUUGCAGCCGAAGCAUCUGUCAAUCCCUUGGACCCUGAAAGUGCGCAAUUUGCCUAUGUGGAUGGCAUCACCAAUAAAAGAUUGGUGUUUUAUGAUCCAAAGAAUUAUCGUUCGAUCUCGUCAUCUGAUGCAUUGGAGUUCAAUAUGUAUCGCGUCAACCGCAAACGAUUUCGACAGUGGCUGAUGAAAGGCAUCGAUGUGACAUGGAACAAACGCAUGACAAGUUACAACAUCACGCAUGAUGGCGUAAUUGUCACUUUUGCUGAUGGAUCUAUUGAAAAAGGCUCAUUUUUGGUCGGUGCUGAUGGUGUUCAGUCCGCUGUGUGUCAACAUAUGCUACUCAACUACGAUCAUCAAAGGGGAAAUAGUGAUGAUACUUUCAACAAGGUGACGAAAAUCAACCCAACACGUCUGCUAGCCACCACACGCUGGAUCACGGAAGAAGAACGUGAUACUAUUCAGUAUUUAUCGGAAAGUCAUUUUGCUGCAUUUGGUCAAUUAGGCAGGGACACGGAUCAUCCAGAAGGCCUACGAGCAUUUGUAUCUCUUAACGAUAUCCGACAUCAAACUGAAAAAAAAUAUGAACUUCUUCUUGUGCUCUCCCGCUAUGAUGAUCAUCAUGUCAUACCUCGUUUAAAGGAUCCAAAGGAACGAUUGGAACAAUUCAAGGCCUGGGCAAAAGAUGGUUUGGGUGGUGCAUUGCAAAAGAUCUUUCUCGAUACGCCCGAUGACUCUGAAGUUGUGGACGUCGCCAUCCGUGAACGGGCUCCUCAACCUGAUUCUCUUGCUCAGCAUCAAGGCCGUGUGACCUUGAUUGGUGAUGCUGCGCAUACAAUGACCAUGUUUAAAGGCGAAGGUGGCAAUCAGGCCAUCAUAGAUGCUGUUAAACUAGGUCAACUUUUAGGAAAGGUACGUGAUGGAGAUAUUUCUCUUGAACAAGCCAUCGAUCAAUAUCAUGAAGAAAUGAUCCCUCGAUGUACCAAAGCAGUGGAUGAAUCGAACGAAGCAUGUUAUCUUGCUCACAAAGCUCCUGAUGUAGCCAUUGCCAACCUCAAGGCUUUGAUUGAAAAUGCAAUACAGGAAUAUGAACAACGGCAACGUUCUCAAUAGCAGUAAUAGUAAUAGCUUGUGAUAUUUAGAACUCUUUUUCAUGUUUAAAGCUUAAUAAAAUACAAGGUUUUGCCAUAUAGACUCCCGUCAA